AUGUCUUCAUCAUCUAAAUUAAAUUGGUUGGUCAACUUGGAUAUCCAAGAACCUCGUGGUAAGAAGAACCUCAGACGUUCUUCGAUCAUCUGCACCAUUGGUCCUAACACCAACUCCGUGGAAAUGCUCACCAAGCUAAGAAAGGCUGGUAUGAACAUUGCCAGAAUGAAUUUCUCCCACGGUACUUAUGACUAUCAUCAAUCUGUCGUUGAUAAUGCAAGAAAGUCCGAGCAAAUAUAUCCUGGUAGACCAUUGGCUAUUGCUUUGGAUACCAAGGGACCUGAAAUCAGAACUGGUUUGACGGUUGACGGUAAAGACUGGGCCAUUAAGGCUGGUCAUGAGAUGAUCUUUACUACUGAUGAUGCCUAUGCUAAGAAGUGUGAUGACAAGGUUAUGUACUUGGACUACAAGAACAUUGCCAACGUCAUCGAGAAGGGUAAGAUCAUCUAUGUUGAUGAUGGUAUUCAGUCUUUCGAGGUUGAGGAGAUUGUUAACAGCACCACUUUGAAGGUCAAGUCUCUUAGUGACGGUGUUAUUGCUUCUACUAAGGGUGUCAACUUACCAAACACUGAUGUGGAUCUACCUGCUCUUUCUGCCAAGGACGAGAAGGACUUAAGAUUCGGUGUCAAGAACCAUGUUAACAUGGUGUUUGCCUCUUUCAUCAGAACUGCUGAAGAUGUUAGACAUAUCAGAAAGGUUCUCGGUGAGGAUGGAAAGGACAUCCAGAUUAUCUGUAAGAUCGAAUCUCAACAGGGUGUUAACAACUUUGACGAGAUCUUGAAAGAGACUGAUGGUGUUAUGGUUGCUCGUGGUGAUUUGGGUAUUGAGAUUCCAGCACCUGAAGUGUUUGCCGUUCAAAAGCAAUUGAUCGCAAAGUGUAACUUAGUCGGAAAGCCAGCUAUUUGUGCUACACAGAUGUUGGACUCUAUGAUCCACAAUCCAAGACCAACCAGAGCAGAGGUUUCUGAUGUUGGUAACGCUAUUUUGGAUGGUGCUGACUGUGUCAUGUUGUCCGGAGAAACUGCUAAAGGUGCCUACCCAAUCGAGGCUGUCACUAUGAUGGCUGAGACUGCUCUACUUGGUGAACACGCAUUCCCAUACGUUGAACAUUACACUGAGGUUAGAGACAUGACUCCAAAACCUUUGGGAACUACUGAAACUAUUGCUGUUUCCGCCGUUUCUGCUGUUGUCGAACAAUCCGUUAAGGCCAUUGUGGUUCUUUCCACAUCCGGUACUACAGCCAGACUAUGCUCUAAGUAUAGACCAAGCUGCCCUAUCUUAACUGUUACCAGAAACCCUAACACUGCCAGAUACUGCCACUUGUACAGAGGUGUGUAUCCAUUUGUCUACACUGGUGCUAGAGACGAGAACUGGCCUCAGGACGUUGAGAACAGAAUUCAAUUUGCUCUUAAGAACGCUAUCGAGCUUAACAUCGUCAAGAAGGGUGAUGGUAUUGCUGUUAUUCAAGGUCAUACAAGAGGUAUUGGUCACUCUAACACUAUGAGAAUCUUGAAGGCUUAA